AUCGCCGACCGCCGAACGCCAUAUGAUCUAUUUCUUCUUACCCACUCUCAAAGGUGGAACGAUCCCCGAUGGCAGUCAUUAAAAUUUGCUUGAAGAAGACGAACAAAGUGAUGGGGGGUUUUCUCUACGAUGGCGGCCGGCGACUAUCUGGCGAUGCACUGUGACGGCAAAGCAGGGCUCCUUCCUUUCUCGUGCGCUGCAGUGACGGCAAAGCAAGAAGGGGCUGAAAUGAAAGAGGCGGUUGAGCUAGUUUUCAUUCCGGUGUCGUUAAUGGGCCACCUGAUCUCCGCCGUGGAAAUGGCCAAGCUGAUCACCGGCAGACGAGAACUCAUCACCAUCACCAUUCUCGUGUUGGAGCAACCUCACCACCACCACCGUGACCCCCGAAUCACUAGCUACGUCCGAUCCCAAACCAAGCGGUCUCCGCGGUUGAACUGCGCGACGCUCACUCCCGCCUCCGACUCCUCCGCCGCCUCCGACCCACCCGCCAAAGUCCCUAAUGAGGGCUUCAGACCUCAAGUGAGAGACUGGGUGGCUGGGCACGGGGUCGGAGGCAGCGGAAGGAAGCUCGGAGGGAUCAUCGUCGACUUGUUCUCUACGGCGAUGGUCGACGUGGCGGACGAGUUCGGGGUCCCUGCCUACGUGUUUUUCACCUCCGGUGCCGCAACCAUCGGCCUCUUUCUCUAUCUCAAAGGAAAAGGCACAAUUCGAGAGGUUUGCCGGGAGCAGAUCAUCACCAGAACUAGAGGAGUGAUGAUCAACACGUUCUCCGAUCUCGAAUCCCAUGCCGUGAAGGCCCUCCGCGACAACGAUCUAAUGAACUUCCCGCCAUUUUACCCAGUCGGGCCCGUGCUUAACCUCGAAAAAGGAGAAGAAGAAGGAGAAGGAGAAGGAGAGAAGAAGAAGAAGAUUCUGGAGUGGCUCGACGAGCGGGAACACGACUCGGUCGUGUUCCUAUGUUUCGGAAGCAACGGCUAUUUCUACGAGGAGGAAGAGGAGCAGGUGAAGGAGAUCGCCACCGGUCUGGAGCGCAGCGGCCACAGAUUCUUAUGGGCCUUGAGGCAUAAAAGGGAAGAGAGCGACGACGACCAAAACAAUCAAGAAACCAACUCAACCAAAGGCAGAUCGAUGCUGCCUGAGGGAUUCACAGAGCGGACGAGGGAACGAGGGAUGGUCAUCGGGUGGGCACCCCAGGUGGCCAUACUGGGACACCCUGCAGUGGGAGGCUUCGUCUCCCACUGCGGGUCGAACUCGACCCUGGAGAGCGUUUGGUUCGGGAAGCGGCUGGCGACCUGGCCCAUGUACGCGGAGCAGGAAGCCAACGCCUUUCAGAUAGUGAAGGAGAUGGGAGUUGGGGUGGAGAUGAGGAUGGACUGCAAGAAGGCAAAGGACAUCAAUGGCGGGAAGGCUCAAGUUGUUGGGGCAGAGGUGAUAGAGGAGAAGGUGAAGGAGCUCAUGGAUCCUAUGAGUCCUAUUAAGUUCAAGGCCAAAGAGAUGAGUGAGAUGAGCAGAGGAGCCCUAGUGGAGGGCGGCUCGUCCUACGCGUCCCUUCUCAGAUUCCUUGAUGAUGUCAUCACCAACCUCUCAAGUUAAUCAAGGGCAUGCAGCCCUAUAAGGUUCCUUCUCACAUAAGUUUAGUUAAAAAUAAUUUUACUUAAACAACACUAAAAUAUAAUGACUUUUUAAAAUAGUAUCACAUGUAUUUUUUUCAAUGUAGCACUUUUAGUCAUUAUGACUAGUCAUUAUUCAAGUAAAUAUCCGUCAUCACUGGACAUUAUUAUUAAGUGCUAUUUAGAUCAUAUAAUAGUUUAAGUGCUAUUUAGAGAAAUGACUUAAGUUUUAGUACUAUUUAGUGCAAAUAUUUCUUUAGUUGAUGCAUCCCAUUUUAAUUUUAAAGAAUUGAAAAAUAAAUCAUAUGUUACUCCUCUUCAGUUAACUUAAACAAAUAGUCUAAUGAUAG